AUGGGAAUUCUUCCUGUGCUAGAUAUGUUCGAAGAGAGAUUAGAGCUUGCAAAAGCAGUAUCAUUUAGCUACAUGAUUGAUGACAUAUUUGAUGCUUAUGGAACGUACGAUGAGCUCUGUCUAUUCACAGACGCCAUUAACAGAUGGGAAUCCGCUGAUGUUACACAAUUACCCAAUUGCAUGAAAGUAUGCUUCAAGGCUCUCAAGGAGGCCACGAAUGAAUUUAGCUCCAAAAUUGAAACAAAGCAUGGAUGGAACCCAAAACGAUGCUUACAAAAAUUGUGGGCAGAGCAAUGCAACGCGCGCUUUAUUGACUUGAAAUGGAGAGUUGACAAGUACUCACCUAACCCUGAAGAGUAUCUAAACAACGGGAUAGUUACUUGUGGAGCUCAUGUAGUUUUGGCACACGCAUUUUUUCUUCUGGGCAAAGAAAUCAACAAGAAGAGUUUUGAGGAGUUGAAUAGCCUUCCUUCAAUUAUAUCUUCCACGUCUACCAUUCUUCGCCUAUGGAAUGAUGCAUGGGAUCAUACGGAUAGGACUCCAAAUGGAGAAGACAGUUCCUAUGUAGAUUGGUACAUGAAAGAACAUAAAAUAAGCUCAUAUGAUAUCGCGAGGCAGCAUGUUAGUCGAAAGAUUUCAGAUGCAUGGAAGUGUCUCAAUAAGGAGUACAUGUCGUCUACAUCUCCGUUCUCAAAUGACUUCAAGGCAGCCUGCCUUAAUUUAGCAAGGAUGGUUACCAUUAUGUAUAGCCAGGAUGAGAGUCAUCAUCUUCAUUAAUUCAUUGUGGAACCCAAAAAUUAGUGUCGCAUGAUAAAAAUUACCCUACAUGCGUGCCCUGAUGCCCACUUGAUUCAAAAAGUUCUCGAAAAAAUAAUAGAUGGGAAAAGUAAAUUAAGGCCGAGAAAAUAAUACGAAGUAAUUAAUAAGACUUCCUAGAGAUAGCAAAUGGAUUGAUCCUAGUACACGUUAAGUAAAGUAAAAAACAAUUUGACUUAUAUACGUCAUGGAAUAAAAUUAUUUGACUUACGUCAGUGUAAAGUCAAAAAAAAAAAAAUCGAAAAUUAUAAUAAUUAAUUGAAAAUAUUGAUUUUAAUAAUUCCACCUUUAGCUAGUUUACUGUUAAUAAUCCCACCUUUAGAUUAUUAUUUAAUAAUUCCGCUUUUAUAGGGAUCUUCUUCUAUGGGUCCCUUAUGACCGAUAACCUGUACAUUUGGUAAAUUUUUUUUAUAUAAUUUAAUUGACAUGUGGCACUAAAUAAUUGGUCAAAAAAAAUUAAAGAAAAAAACUAAAAAAAAAAAUUUGGUCAAAAAAUUACAAAGAAAACCUAAUUUUUUUUCCCCCAACGACCACCCUAACCUCCAACCUCCGGCAGCCCGUCCUCCCCAUCCCCAUCGCUGGAACCCCCAUACCUAUCGCCGAAAUAUCCAUUUUCAUCCCCACCCAGCAAAAACCGGCCAGCUCCCCCUAAAACCACCCCGAUUUUCAAUUAAAAAAAGUUAAAAAAAAAAAACCUUCAAGAGCGGUUAGAGGGGGUUUUCGAUGGAGUUUCGUGGGUUUAUGGCGGUUUUUUCGACGGAGUUUCGAGGGUUAAUGGCGGAUUUCGGUGGAGUUUUGGUGGUUUAUGGUGGUUUCGAGGGUGGGAUUUAGGUCAGGGGGUGAUUUCAACGGUGGAUUUGAUCGACGAGGUGGUCUUUGCUUCUGGCCGGCCUUUUUGGGGGUUUAGGGUGGCGGCCGACCGGUUUACGGUGGGGCUAGGUUAAGGGUUAGGGUUUCACGGUGGGAGGAGGGGUGGCUGAUGGUUUUUUGUUUUUUUUUUAGUUUUUAAUUAAUUUUUUUUUUAUUCAAUCAAUUACAAAACGACACAUGACAUCUUAACUUAUCAAAACUGGUUACCAAGAGGUUAAGCACCAAUAGAAGUUGAUCCCUUAUAAAGGUGGGAAUAUCAAAUAAUAAUCAAAAUGUGGGAUUAUUAACAGCAAAUCGGCUAAACUUGGGAUUAUUAGAAUCAAUUUUUCCUAAUUAAUUUUUGAAACAUCAACUUUUAUAUGUGGUUGAGGGUUGAUUUGUUAGUGUUACAGUCUUCCAGGGGUUACUCGGUCAGUAUGAUAAGUGUGCUUAGAUUUUGAAUUUCUUAAGUUUCAAAGCUUGUGAUUGAAAAAUGGAAAAAAAAAUGUUAAAGUUAUUACUCUCCUUCUCUGUUUUUUUAAGUGUUACGUACACUUACCAAAUGCAGCCGUGUUUUUUCAAGUGUUAUUAUUUUUUUAUUUGCGAAAAACUUAU